GCGGCCGCGGCUCCUCGGUGCUACCGCCGCGGUUUUGCCCGUUGGUUUCAGAACAUCGACGAUGGCACCUCGGACCGGCCUUACAGCCAUGCCUUGGUGGCCGGCAUCGACCGCUACCCGCGUAAGGUGACGGCUGCCAUGGGCAAGAAAAAGAUCGCUAAAAGAUCCAAGAUCAAGUCCUUCGUGAAGGUUUACAACUACAACCACCUGAUGCCCACUCGGUAUUCUGUGGAUAUUCCCCUGGACAAAACUGUGGUCAAUAAGGAUGUGUUCAGGGAUCCUGCUCUGAAACGCAAAGCAAGACGUGAAGCCAAGGUGAAAUUUGAGGAAAGGUACAAAACUGGCAAGAAUAAGUGGUUUUUCCAGAAGCUGCGAUUCUAAAGGUGUAACAGGGUUGCAUCAAUAAAUGUUUAUUAAAAACUA